ACUCCUGUAGGACACUUACAAGCACAAAUUGCAUUGGUCUCAAUGGUGACAGUAAUGUUGAAAGAAGGAAGCAUUACUUUAUCUUAAACCACAGGUUUUUAAGUCUUUGAAAGGGGAAUUAAAAGGCUGCCUGAAGAGAUUUGAAAAAUGGCAGCUAACGAAAGCGCUGGCAUCUUCAGCUCCGCCUCGUUGGCUGUGGAGUACAUCGAUUCACUUCUGCCUGAGAACCCUUUGCAACAACCAUUUAAGAAUGCUUGGAUCUCUAUGUUAAAUAACUACACAAAGUUCCAGAUCGCAACAUGGGGCUCCCUCAUAGUUCAUGAAGCCCUUUAUUUUUUAUUCUGUGUACCUGGACUUUUAUUUCAAUUUAUACCUUACAUGAAAAAGUAUAAGAUCCAAAAGGAUAAACCAGAAUCAUUCGAAGGCCAAUGGAAAUGUUUUAAAGUACUUCUCUUUAAUCAUUUUUGUAUCCAGCUGCCUUUGAUUUGUGGAACCUAUUAUUUUACAGAAUACUUCCACAUUCCUUACGAUUGGGAAGCAAUGCCAAGAUGGUACAUAGUUCUGGCAAGAUGCAUGGGGUGUGCAGUCAUCGAAGACACCUGGCACUAUUUCCUGCACAGACUCCUGCACCACAAAAGAAUAUAUAAAUAUAUUCACAAAGUUCAUCAUGAGUUUCAGGCGCCCUUUGGAAUGGAAGCUGAAUAUGCACAUCCUUUGGAAACCAUCAUCCUUGGGUCUGGAUUUUUCAUUGGCAUCUUGCUUUUGUGCGAUCAUGUAAUUCUUCUUUGGGCUUGGGUGACCAUACGUUUGAUAGAAACUGUUGACGUCCACAGUGGUUAUGACAUUCCUCUCAACCCUUUAAACCUCAUCCCUUUCUACGCUGGCUCCCGGCAUCACGAUUUCCACCACAUGAACUUCAUUGGAAACUAUGCCUCGACCUUUACGUGGUGGGAUCGGAUUUUUGGAACAGAUUCUCAAUAUCAUGCCUAUUAUGAAAAGAUGAAGAAGAUUCAGAAAAAAACAGACUAAUCUGUCUCAGACCUUCCCGAAGACCUCCAUUUUCCUGAAUUGAAAGUAGUAGCUAACAUUGCUUCUGGGGAGCAGAAAUAAGCAUGUGUCUUGGCUGCUAAAUGACAAAACGAACAUUAACAAAAUUAUCUUCCUAGUGGGAAUUUUUCUACUUUACAUACAAGUUCUGGAUAUGUAUAAAUGAAGAAAUUUAUAUUUAAGUAUGGUUUUCGUGAGGUUAGCCAUGUUGCUAACUUUAAAACGAGGUUUUCGGUAAUGAAAGAACCAUCACCUGUCUUUUCCCCCAGUGCUGCCAGAGACCAGAAGUUGACAGCGUCUGAAGGCCUGUUAGCUGCCCCCUGUCAUGCGUAAUAAUGGUGUUGGCCUUACCUUUGAACAGUUUUUUAAGAGUUUGCCUAAAAUCAAAAUGUGAUUGGAAGCACAGCCGCUGAUAGAGCAAGUGACUGGAGCCUGCAGACCUGCAGCAGCCACACCAAGGACGCUGACCUUGGGUGGAGCCGACCAGCGUAGAGGGCAGGUUCUUUGGGGAGCCUUACAGUACACCUGUAAGUGAGAAUGCUUCUGCUUGGAUGUAGGUGGAAUAUUUUAGUCCAAAGCGUUUUUUAAAGUUUUAAAAAAUUCAGCUUUAUUUCUGCUAUUUACUCUUUCUUUCUUGUACAGUAAGUUUUCUUUCUACUUAAAUCUGUAUCUUGAAACUUUGUGAACUGACUCACUGUAUUUGCACUUUGAGCUGUUGAAAUAAAUGUGAUUUUUGUCUGA